AAAAAAAAAAAAAAACUCUUCCCUUGUGGAAUAAUAUAAUACAUCCCAAAAGUAAUAAAGUAAUUUGAUAAUUAGGAAUGAUCCCAGAAAUCCCAAAAUAUUACACAACUAAAGAACGUUCUUCUUUAAGACGUUCUCUCAGAAUCCAACGACGUGAUGAUAGGAGAAGAUGUGAAGAAUUAGAACGAAGAGCUCUUGAAGAAAUGAGAGCUCAGGCUCAUGUACCUAAAAGACUUACCAAACAGCCUAUAAAACGUCCUACGACCACUAGUACUUUAUCUCAAACAUCAUCAAAAAGGUCAAAGAAGAAGAAAGUAUAUCAUGAUCUCUCACAAACAAAUACUACAAGUCGUUUGUUGAGCAUGCCUCUGGAUUUACUAUUAUAUUUAUUGGAGUUCCUUGGACCUUCCCUAGCGGCAAUGGAACGAGCAUCCAAAUCGCUUUAUCAUAUAAUACGUGGACAACAUAGCCCUUAUAGAUUCUUGUAUUAUAAAUUAUUGGCUACUUAUAAUCCUAUUGAUGAAUGCGCUAUGGAAACUGGUGAACAACCUGAGAGAGCUAUUCAUGCUCCCGUCUUACCAAAGAUCAGACAAUCAGUUGUCAAGCAAGAAUCAAGAGAAUUUAAAGUAUCCGAUUGGAAGUUUGUUGAAUCAUAUAAGUACUACGUUACAGAAGUUUGCACUGUUUGUGGUGAACCAGGUGAUCCAAUUCCUGUAUGGGAAGUUCGUUUGUGUAGAUUUUGUGUCGUAAGACAAUUGAUCAAUAAGAGUGCAUUAUACGCAUUCACAUUGUCCUCAAAGGAAAUUGAAAUGCUUAAGCCAUGGAAAACCUAUGUAUAUGAUCUUGGUAUGAAUUGUACUUUUUACCUUCGAAAUCAUCUCGAUCAUUUGAGACGACAAAAAUAUUCAGACCCUCAAUCCGAUUUGGACCGUGAUGUUGAACAACGUCAAUCUGAAAAAUUUGCAAAGGAAAAUUUUAAACGCAAGAGAAAACAAAAGGAACAAGAAGAAUCUUAUAAUGAAAGAACACAAGCAAUUCUUCGUUGUUUUAGAGAUUCAAACUUGAAAGAAGAAUUAUCGGUCAUGGAAGAAUGGUGGUUCCCAAAGGAACUUAAAUUGGAAAUCCAUGAGUAUAUUUCAAAUAAGACAAAUAAUAGUUUGGCGCGAAAGCGACUUCGUUUAUCUACUGGUCAAGAUUCUAAUGACGAUAUUACUACACCUUCCAAUCCUCAAACAAAAAGUAAAGCAUUACGAAAAAAUUUGGAAGAUAUCAUGUUUGAAUUACAAACUGUUGUUGUCCCUAGAGUAAAAAGAUUAAUGGAAUUAAAUAGACUUCUUUUGGCGAAUGGCAUUUCAAUUGUUGAUAAAUUACGUAUGGAAUUAGAUUUAAAAACAAGACGAUUUUACGAUGAAUUUAUACUUGGAGGAGGAAUGUCUUCACCACUUUUAUCUUCACAAAAUUUUUUAGAAUACCCAUUGACAGUUGCUCGAACAUGUAAUGAAAUCCUAUUAUACUUUAACCGAGAGAAUAUGUUUGAAUCAUCACUUACGCGAACAUGGUGUGAGUCAAUUAGUCAAAAUAAUAUUGCGUGUUGUGAGGCAGAUCGUCAAAGAUUUUUACGGGAUGCAAAAGAAUGGUGGGCAAGACGAGGAAAGAAACCUCCACCGGAAAAAUGUGGAGAAUUAUAUUUGGCACGUGUUCGUAAGAGACAAAUUUGGUUAAAGAAUGAUAUGUCUUUAACUAGAACACAAGAAAAUUGGAGAAGACAAUUAUUGGAAAGGAAAUUAAGAGAGAAAAUUGACUGGUAUUUCACAGAUUUACCGAAAUGUAUAAAAGAGUUGAGAAAUAUAUAUGAGAAUAACUUGAAGCGUAGAAUGAAGAAUAGUGAAAUCUAUUUAAUGAAGGGUAUUUCUUCACAAAUUGAAAUGUUAGAACCUCCAGAACGAUUAAAGUCCAUGUAUUGUGAUUAUGAAGAUUUCAUAAAAGAUUGUAAUGGAUUUUGCUCAACUGAAGAUGGUUAUUGUGGUUGCUUAGAAUAUGCUGCAAAGGACAUUAUUCGAGCAAAUACAAUAUUGAGACGCAAGGAAUGGAUGAAUGCUGAAUUGAAAAAAUGUAAAACAAUCAAUUUCCAAGGUCCAGAUUUGCUGUUAUGUACUGAAGCAAAAGAAGAAUAUCAGUAUGCUACCAGAAACAUAUCCGUUCCUAAAAGAGCAGCAUUAGAAUUUAUUAUACGUGCUGAAACAUUCAUGCAAAAAUUACUUAGAGAAGUCUCAGAGUUUGCUCCAGAAUUAAUAACUUCUGAAGCGCGCGAGUGGUACAAACGAUGUCUCGGUACUAUAUCGGACUUCUAUAAACCACCAAGACGCCCAUGUACUUGGACAGCAUACACAACAAAUUGUUUUUAUUAUGAAGUGAACAAUCUAUCAGAUAGACCUGAUAUUGAUGAAACCAUUGAAAAGAUUAAGGAAUGUGAACGAAUUAGAAACAGUCGAUUGAAAGAGGUUGAUCGUGCCGCGACUGAAGCAAAAUUAAAUUCAACUUAUUGGAAUAUAGCAAUGAUUAAACGACCGACGGAUGGUGUGACAUUCCAAACCAGAGUUAGAUGGAUAACUACAAAUGGAUGGUUCACAUUUAAUCAGUUAGCUCAAGCCUGGGUUUACGAUGAAGAACGCUCUCCGUUGAGUCACCUUGAACCAUACAUCAAGGAAAAGGUUAAACAUAUGGAAAAAGAAAUACGAAAAGAAGAUAUUGCCUCAAGAAUCAAGGAUCAUCCAGAAUAUCAAGCGAUAUUUACAGAAAUUGAUGAAGAUGCAGAUUUCUUUUUACGUGAUACAUACGAAAUCUCUACUAUUUAUAAGGUUUCAAAUUUAUACAAAGCUCACGUGGAGGAUGUCAAACCUGGUAUUGAUCCCGAUAAGGUCGUGCGACAAGUCAUCGAUCUCAUUAGAGAUGUUAAGACUGGUGUGAUAAGUAAAAGUAGUUUGUUCGUUGCAGAUCGUGAAAGAUUCGCCGAAGAAGAUGACGAUGAUGAUGAUAACGUCAUUGUUGGGAACGUAAACAACAGAUUUAUCAUUGCUAUUGGAAACAACAAUAACAAUAAUGGUAAUAAUUAUGUUGCCGUUCCUACAAAUGGGACUACGAAUACGACCACGAAUACGGCCCCGAUCACUUAUGCCGCUGCUACUGUCGCAUCAAUUACAUCCAAUAAUAAUAACAAUAAUUCAGCAACGGCUGUACCAAGUACUGGUGGUUCAUCAAUUUCAAUUUAAUUAUGAAAUUUUAAAAAUUUUUUAAUUUUUAACUGCACUUAUAAUACUUGUACUAUAGGGUAGUUCACUUUAUAGGUUAAUGGGUUAAUAUUCGUAUUUACAAUUGGUGAAUUGGUUUAAUUAUCACUGGUUCCUUUUAUCCUUUAAAAAAAAAACAAAAAAUAAAUUUCGAAUUUUUUUUUUUUAAAAGUAAUUGAAGAAUAAAAAGAGUAAUUUUUUUAUUUUAAACCCCCUUUCGAACAAUCCCCCUGCAUACAGUUAGUAAUUUUUUAUUAUUGAUUGAUUUUUUUUUUUUUAUCUUUCCUCCCCUUUAUUUUUUUUCUAUUGCACCAAAAAAAAGUUCGCAUUUCUUUUUUUAAAUUUUUUUAAAAAUAAAAAAA